AUAAUAUUGAACUUUUUUUAUAUCUUUUUGAAUUCAUACACCUUUUUUCUUCUAAAUUCUUCAAUUUAAUUCUAGCACAGGUUUUAUUGAAAUGGACAAGGCAAUCGGCAGCGGCAGUUACAACAACAACUCAUGGGCCAUUACACGUUUCCUCCGGGAAGAGGUCUUUAGCGCAGAAAAGUUUGGCGCCAACGUUAGUGUUCUGUAUGGCGUGAGCGUAUUUGCCAGUGCUGUGUACUUUUUGGAGCACUACGGCGAGGUUCUGAUCCAGUAAAAAAAAUUACAAACCCGAAUCCACAAAGCGAGGUUUCGAAAUCAACGUUAGAGAGAAGAGAUAGCACAGGCAAUUACUUUUUUAUUUAAUUUUUAUUUAAUUUUUUUACUGUUGUUGACC